AUGGCAAUCCAGAUCCCCAUCGGCGCUCUCGACAUUCAAAUCACCGCCGAGCGCCUAACCCAAGAAGCCUUCUCCCCCUUUGGAGACGUCAUCUCCAAUCCGCGACCCGACGUCCACCCCUCGUCAUUCGACGCCCACGCCUCCACGCUCCCGCCCAACGCCUUCUCCGCCAACCAAGGCUCCGCCAUCCAAUAUCGCAAUGUCAGCCGCCUCAAGAAUCUCUACGACCAGGCUCCCAGCGGUAAGGGCGAGCCCAUCAUGAGCAUAUUCGUCUGCGCAGCAAGAGGCGGCGCCGCCGACAGUUCUUCAUCAUCAUCAUCCUCAUCAUCUUCAUCGUCAUCACCCUCGGCGGGAGGAAACACAUUCACAGUGCGCCACCUCGAGCGCCACCCCUUCACCGCACAAACAUUCACCCCCAUCAAAUCCACCGCAUCAACAUACCUCGUCAUCGUCGCCCCCAGCCUCCCGCCCGGAAGCCCCCAGGACAAAGACCUCCCCGUCCCCUCCUCCGGCGACGACGGGCUACCCGGGAGAGGCCUUCCGGAUCUCCGGCGCCUCCGCGCCUUCAUCGCCACGGACAGCCAGGCCGUGACCUACGGCGCGGGGACCUGGCACUCGCCCAUGGUGGUGCUGGGGCAGGCCGGGACGAGGCUGGACUUUGUGGUGUCGCAGUUUGCGAGCGGCGUCGCCAUCGAGGACUGCCAGCUCCUGGAAUUCGUUUCAGAGGGCAGCGCCGAGCCUCGCAUUCGGGUGAAGAUUCCGCUUACAGACUGUCAUCUCACAUGUGUCGUCUUAGACAUCAUGGGAAGCACAAUGUAUUCCACCAACGCCCAAAACAAGCUCGAAGACCUCUCCGGCAUCGUCUUGAAACCAGGCGAGAACCCCUACGAGGCCUUCAUCCAAGCAUGCGAUAACAAGCCCGAACAAAUCCAAGCUCUGUAUCACGCUCACCGCACCAAACGCAACGGCCUCCAGAAGGAAAAGUUCCUUUCCCCAGAUUACAAGGAGCUCGUCAUCGACCAGUACCUCCUCCGUCUCGAGAACCCCAGCAUCGAGCCCGGCUUCCGCGAUGAGCGGAACUGCCUCGUGGUUUGGGCUCGUCCUCCGAACCACGUCAUUGAGCUGGCUGCAAAGAUCCAAGCACUUCUCCAACAAGCUUCACCAAAAAUCUGGCUCAUGCCCACCCACAGGAUGCACCUGACAACCCUCGAAAUCACCUUCUCCAAAACCCCCGAGGAGAUCGGGUCCCUCGUCUCCAUCAUCCGCCCAGCCGCUCCCUCCAUCGCCUCGUACACCCACACCCACCGCUCUCGUCUCGUCAAGCCCAUGGUCUCAUACGACCUCUCCGCCUUCGCCCUCUCGUUUCUCCCCGCUUGCGGCGAGCCUCCUCUCUCUCCGGCCCCGGUUGCUCCCGAUGUGCCCGUCCAUGGACCUGUUACCCAGGGCGAUGACUACACGUAUCAUCACCUUCGACGGGACAUUUUUGACAAGGUGAGGGAGGCUGGAGUGGAAGUCGGGUCGCGGUAUCAGGUUCCUAGUGCGCAUAUUACGCUGGGAAGAUACUUGACUGACGAGGACCAUGAUACUCCUGAGAAGAGGGAGAGGUGGGUUAAGGCUAUUGAUGACAUCAAUGCUUGGCUGGAGAGUGAAGUAUGGGACCAGAAGGAUGCCCAGUUUAUUGGUGAGUGGGUUGUUGGACAGGAAAAGGGGCUGGAUGUGCGAAAUGGCGCGCUGUGGUAUGGAGGUGGCCGAACCAUUGUGCUUGGUGAGGGCUUCUAGUUGAG